GUUCCCAUCGCAACGACAGUUGCUGACUGUUUGUGUUGGCAGGUGGGACGUGCAGGCGGUCGCGGCUUGUUGUCGGGGGCCACUCGGGACCAAUUUUCAAGACAGCCUUGGCCUGGACAUCUCGUCGUCCCACCGCGCGGCUCCGGACCUUGAGUGAUUAUUACAAUGGAAGAAACCAGUAAUUUCAAGACACCAAGCAGAUUAUCUGAAAAAAAGAAAUCUGCAUCGUGUUUAACUCCAUGCAUAAAUAUUCCUGCCUCUCCGUUUAUGCAGAAGCUUGGCUUUGGUACUGGGGUAAAUGUCUACCUCAUGAAAAGAUCUCCAAGAGGUUUGUCUCAUUCUCCUUGGGCUGUGAAAAAGAUUAAUCCUAGAUGUAAUGAUGAUUAUCAGAGUGUGUAUCAAAAGAGACUAACUGAUGAAGCUAAGAUUUUGAAAAGCCUUAAUCAUCCAAACAUUAUAGGUUACCGUGCUUUCACUAAAGCUAGCGAUGGUAGUCUCUGUCUUGCUAUGGAAUACGGAGGUGAAAAGUCUCUGAAUGACUUAAUAGAAGAACGAAAUAGAGAUAGCCGAGAUCCUUUUCCAGCAGCCAUAAUUUUAAAAGUUGCUUUGAAUAUGGCAAGAGGGUUAAAGUAUUUGCACCAAGACAAGAAACUGCUUCAUGGAGAUAUAAAGUCUUCAAAUGUUGUUAUUAAAGGUGAUUUUGAAACAAUUAAAAUUUGUGAUGUAGGAGUCUCUCUACCAUUGGAUGAAAAUAUGACCGUGACUGACCCUGAGGCCUGUUAUAUUGGCACUGAGCCCUGGAAACCUAAGGAGGCUCUGGAGGAGAAUGGUAUUAUUACUGACAAGGCAGACAUAUUUGCCUUUGGCCUUACUCUGUGGGAAAUGAUGACUUUAUCUAUUCCACACAUUAGUCUUCCAGAUGAUGAUGAUGAUGAAGAUAGAACUUUUGAUGAAAGUGACUUUGAUGAUGAAGCGUACUAUGCAGCCUUGGGAACGAGGCCUCCUGUUAACAUGGAAGAACUGGACGCGUCGUACCAGACAGCAAUCGAGCUCUUCUCUGUGUGCACUCAUGAAGACCCGAAAGAUCGCCCUUCUGCUGCGCACGUCGUUGACGCUUUGGAAAUGGAUGUCCUGUGAUCACCUCAUGCUCAUGACUGCCGGAGCUUCAAGUGUAGCUUGUGUGUAUAGCUGUUCUGUUUACCAUAAUACAUUUAUAUAGUUAUUAUGAUGGCCCAUAAUUAUUAGACUUUUCAGAAGUGGCCAUUUUAGGACCGUAGAUAGCACCUUUUUAACAUUUGAACGACUAUUUCUAUUAUAAAGGUAUUUCGUGUAUGCUUAUGCUAAUAAGCAUUUGAGAU